CGGUUAAACACAGUAUAGAUAAUUAGGGAAUCCAACGAUCUGUCAAACUAUUCCAAUAUGUCUGGCGAUUGGCAUGCAAUACAUUGAAAGCAUAUGAUAAAUAUUGUUUUUUAAGUAUUUAAAGUAAUUUUCGUAUAUUUAUAUCCGCCUAAGUAUUGCUAACAUACUUCUGUGACAUAAUAAAAAAUAUUGUUUACAUCAAUAAACUAGAAUAAGUACUUAAAAAGUUUUAUUUAACUAAGUAAUUUGGAAGGUUGAAGAAAGGUUAGUUAGUAAUAGCUAUGCCACUAACAUGUAUUGUAGUGAACUGUGGAAGCAGGUCGAAAAGGGAUAAAGUAUCUUUUUUUGCUAUUCCCAAACCACUGAAGUUUAAACAUGCUAUCCACUUGAAUGAAUUAACUGUUAAACGCAGAAAAAAAUGGAUAAGGGCCAUACGAAGAGCAGACCUGACAGAAUCAAAAUUAAAAUAUCAAAAAGUGUGUUCCAAACAUUUUAUUCAAGGACAACCUGCAAAACUUGAAGAUGUAAAUGAUCCUGAUUGGAUACCAACCCAAAAUAUGGGUUACUCUAGGGGACCUGUAAAACGAAAGCAGGACAUUGAAAGACUGGAAAGAGUAAAGAAAAGAUCUUCCACAAAGGUUUCACAAGAGGACAAUGAUACAUUUAUUGAGAAUGAAAACAAUACAGUAAGUGAAAGUAACACUACAGCAAUGUAUGAAGACAGUACUGGAACCGAAACUCAAACUGAGUUAACCUCAGAUGAUAUUGAACAGAUGGCUCAACAAUUAAAAUUUGCAAAUAAAAAAAUUGACGAGUUGACUCGCAGAAUUAAUAAGACCAUUUUAAGUUUCGAGUCACUAGAAACGGACAAUCCGAAAUGUUUAUAUUAUACCGGUUUAAAUUUUUCUGUUUUGAAGUCAGUAUUUGACAGAAUUAAACCAUUUAUUCCAUCAUCCUCAGUAACUGUUUUAGAUCCCUCUCAACAAUAUUUGUUGACAUUGAUGAAAAUGAGACUUAAUCUAGAUUUUAAAUAUUUGGCCUACCAAUUUGGCAUUUCUCAAUCAACAUGUUCCACCUAUUUUAAUACCAUCAUCUCAAUAAUGUAUCAAAGAUUUAAAAAUAGCAUAAAAUGGCCAGAUCGGGAAAUUAUUAAAAAAAACAUGCCUUCUUGCUUUAGAGAAGUCUUUCAUGAUAAGACCACAAUUAUCAUUGAUUGCUUUGAGGUGUUUAUCCAAAAACCAGCUAGUUAUUUAACCCAGCAGCAAACAUGGUCAAACUAUAAACAUCAUAACACAGUUAAAUUCCUUAUUGGAAUUACUCCCCAAGGCUGUAUUUCAUAUAUCAGUAAAGCAUGGGGAGGAAGAACAUCAGAUAAACAAAUAGUAGAGCUCUCUGGUUUUUUGGAUAAAAUAGAACCCCAAGAUAUUGUGAUAGCAGAUCGAGGUUUUUUAAUAAAAGAAUUUUUAGAUGUGUUACAAGCAAAGCUAGUAAUUCCAGCUUUUACCAAGGGGAAAAAACAAUUGCUUCCACUAGAGCUGGAAGAAACUAGAAACAUUGCACAGGUUAGAAUCCACGUAGAAAGAGUUAUUGGCUCCAUUAAAAAUAAAUUUAAUAUUUUUUCAGAGCCACUUCCGAUUUCUAUGUUAACCCAUGUUACUGAUGGUAUAAAUAUAGUUGAUAAGAUAAUUUUUAUAGCAUGUGUUUUGAUUAAUUUAUGCCCUCCUAUUGUUCCAAUUUAAUUAAAUUUAACCUAUUUCACCAGAUUGUCGCCUUUUUAGUAUUUCUUUUAAUAAUUUUUGGUACACAUCUGAAGUGUCACUACGAAAAACAAUCAAUGACACCUUUGGCCAAAACUAGGAUAUAUAUAUGCCAUGUUGUCGAGGUUGUCAGUUAGUUUUGAAUUAUAAAUAGCUACAGCAAGAAAACUUGCAUUGUUUCAGACAAAAUCAAACAAGCUUAUAUUUUUCUAAAACUUUUUUUGUUGGUUUUUAAAUAUGUUAAAGUAAAAAGUUCUACUCACAGAUUUGGCCGCUAAUUGUUUAAAGAAUUAAAACUCUUUUGUAUACUUAAAUAAUUUUAAAAAUAUUGAAUUCAUCAUUUUACAAAUCUUUGUUGUGGGGAAGCUUGCAGUUCUGAUGAUCUAUUGUUGUUAAAACAUUUUGCUUUAUGUUGUAAAGUACUUUAUAAUCAACUAUUUUCAAUGGGAAAUAAGCCACAAUUUUACCAAAAAAAUGAUUUUAUUAACGUUUCGACGCCCAAGUCGGGUGUUGUCAAAAUACAAAAUAUUAAAUUAAACAAAAAUGUUAUUGCUUAGUAAAAAAUUCUUCUAAUAAUUUAUUUAAUCUGACUCAUUUAUAUCAGCAAUUCAGACAUGGAUUAUACAUUUUAAUGAAGAAGACUUUAAAAUGAUAUUGCCAAUAUUGAUGAGUUGCGUUCCUGGGACGACUUUACUAAAAGAUAGUAAAUCAUAAUAUUAUCAUUCGAAAGUGGUAGGUUUAUUGGUCAAAAGGUGGAGAAUAAAAGACAAAGACUUCGGCUACUUCAUCUAUUUAUUGAAGACAUUUUUGUUCACUAAUUAGUGAACAUUACCAGUUCAUCUACAAAUGAGUUUGAUAAAUAACAAACAUCCAUAGAAAAAAAGCAAUGCAACUAGCAAGUUGUAAGUAAAGCAGCUAGUGAAACGAACCAUUGAGAAAUGUAAAAUACAGACAUUAAGUUUGUAAAGAACUAAGUACAGUUAACAAUUUAAAAGCCAAUACAAGAGCAAGAGAUCAUGUAGUAACAUAAUGAUUGCAUAAAAAAAUUGCAAAAAAUGUGUUCAACUAGAACGAAAAUAAUGUCCAGAAUUCAACAAUUCCAGACAAUAAUUUGCAUUCAAAUGAUUUAAUUUUAACUUUAAGUAGCAUUCUUACAAUAAUGACUGUGGCUAGCGUAUAUUAUUUAUGUACACCUCAUUGGUUGUUUUUGUAUUUUGAUAUUAAUAAAAAAUUUGUGACAAUUUUAAUGAAAAUAAAUCAUAUGAAAACUGAAAAGAA